AAAAGAAAAACAAAAAUUCUUAUUCGAUGCUAAUACUAUCCAUUUUUGGAGUUUGUUCCAAAAAAAAAUAAAAGAAGAAUUUAAGGAUAAAUUGGAUAGCAUUAGCGAAAUGUCAAUAGAAUUGAUAUCGACUAAAUUCGACAUUUCAAUAAAAGGUAAAACUGACUUUAAAAUGCUUUUUGCAACUAUUUCUGAAAAUCCAGAUGGUCCAAAAAGUAUUGCAUUUAAGUUAAAAUGCUCUCAAUUAGAAUUUUUUUCUUACAAAUGCUUAUCCCAAAUUGAGAGAGUAUUUGGGAUAAGCGUUGAAAGAAUUAUUGAACUUCUGCUAUUAAGACUCUCUUCAACG